AUGUUGAACGACAGCAGAAAUCGAGCAAUUAUUGUCGUCGAUGUAAUGGUAUUUUCCGACCCGUUGACCAUCGACCGUAUUGUUUCUGCCCAGAGUUUGCAGACAUCUCAGAGUGUAUCUGACGAGCUAGCGUCGCAAGCGAACUUUGACCAGUUCGGUUCAGAGAUUAACCACGAGAAUGGGGCUGAGACCAGUAGAGAGGCAAUCGACAUUAGUAAUCUUUUGAUGACGAUCGAAAACGAUCUUUUCCGUCUGCGGUUAAUUAGCCAUGAUCGCGUGGAACAGUUCUUCACACUUCUCAAGUCUGAUGAUAUGCUUACCGAAAGGCAGGCGCAGGUGUUGCUUCAGGUUUGCGGCGAGCCCCUGUUUUAUUUGAAAGGCAACGAGCGAACGGAAUAUGUCGACCGCGUCUGGAAGCUUCUUCCGCAGCAUGGUAACGGAAAUGUAUUAUUUGGUUGUACAUGCCUGUCAUAGUA